UUGUGCAAAGAGAACUGAGCAUCAUGAAGAACCAACGAGCUUUGAUCGCUGCCGCUUCCGCGAUGGCGCUGCUGUGCUUGGCUGUGGCCGAGCCCGUCCCUUACGGCGGCGGACGGAAAGGCCACGGCGGGUCCGGGUCUGGCUUUGGCAGUGGUGUCGGGGGUGGAGGAAGAGGAGCUGGUGGAUCAGGCUUCGGAAGUGGAGGAAGUGGCUCUAGUUCCGGUGGAUCUGGCUUCGGAAGUGGAGGAAGUGGCUCUAGUUCCGGCGGAUCAGGCUUCGGAAGUGGAGGAAUUGGCUCUGGUUCCGGUGGAUCAGGCUUCGGAAGUGGAGGACUGGGAUCCAGCACUAGUGGAUCAGGUUUUGGAAGUGGAGGGUCAGGAUUAGGGGGUGCCGGUAGUGGCUCUAGUGGAUUUGGAUCAGGCUCUGGGAGUGGAGGAUUAGGUGGAUCAGGAUUGGGCGGCAGCGGAGCCGGUGCUGGACAAGGUUACAGCGGCAGUGGAAGCAGCUCCUUUGGCAGUGGAGUUGGAGGCAGUGGAGGCCUUGGAGGAGCUGGUGGAAGCCUUGGAGGUGGCAGCACUUUUGGCUCCACUGGUGGUCUUGGCUCCUCUGGUGGACUUGGUGGCAGUGGAGGUCUUGGUGGCAGUGGCGGCUUUGGAGGAGCUGGUGGAGUUGGUGGCAGCCAUGGAAGUGGUGGAAGCCUUGGAGGUGGCAGCAGUUUCGGUUCCAGUGGAGGCCUUGGAGGCAGCGGCACUUUUGGCUCCUCUGGUGGACUUGGUGGCAGUGGAGGUCUUGGUGGCAGCAGUGGAGUCGGUGGAAGCAGUGGUGGCUUCGGAGGCAGCAGUGGAGUCGGUGGAAGCAGUGGUGGCUUCGGAGGCAGCAGUGGAGUCGGUGGAAGCAGUGGUGGCUUCGGAGGCAGCGGCCUGGGUGGUUCUGCAGGCGCAAGCAAAGGCGGAAGCGGCCACCUUAGCACCAGUUACGGCGUACCUAAUUAGUACAUGAAACGGGGAACUGACUCAACAGGGAAUGCUACUGCUGUCCUGCGUAUGCCGAUGUACACAUCCACAUGUGUACAUGUAUGAAUAUGAGCUAUAAUUGGCUACCAACAAUAAAAUGUUGAUGCGUCA